AUGGUUAGUGUGACUGGCAUUACCGUUGGGAGUGGCUUGUCAUUGACUUGUGACACCCUUAUACCUCAGACCUUUGGAAGUGGAAACCCGACGCGCGUGGGGCUGAUCCUUCAGAGAGGGGUUCUGAUUAUCAUUCUGGCGUGUUUCCCCUGCUGGGCUGUUCUCAUCUAUACUGAAACCUUUUUACUUGCCGUUAAACAGAGCCAUGAGGUUGCCAGUCUGGCACAAGCGUAUGUGAACAUCGUCAUGGCUUCUCUGCCAGCGGCAUUUAUGUACCAGCUGCUGGGAAGAUAUCUUCAGAACCAGGGAAUUAUUUGGCCUCAAGUCGUAACCGGUGUAAUUGGAAACAUUUUAAACGCAUUCAUCAAUUAUGUUUUCCUCCAUCUUCUGCAACUGGGAGUUCCUGGGUCUGCCGGAGCAAAUUUAAUGUCACAGUAUUUUCUUUCCAUCACCCUACUGGCCUAUAUUUGGCGGAAGGGGUUACCCAAUUGGGAAGGCUGGUCACGUGAGUGUCUCGAGGAGUGGGGACCCUUUGUCAAGCUGGCCAUGCCAAGCAUGCUCAUGUUUUGCCUUGAGUGGUGGGCAUUUGAAGUGGGAGGAUGUCUUGCUGGCAUGAUUAGUGAAGUUGAGUUGGGAGCUCAAUCUGCGGUCUAUCACCUGACUCUUGUGCCUUUGGUGUUCCCCAUUGGAAUGGCAACUGCAGCUAGUGUCAAUGUAGGGAAGGCUCUUGUUGCAGGAAACAGUGUGCAAGCCAAGUUGUCUUGUAAAGUUUCCAUCAUCUGUACAUCUGCAUUCGCCCUUUGUGUUGGACUUAGCCUUACACUAUCCGGAAAUGCAGUUGGCUACAUUUUCACCACAGAUCCAAACAUUUUAAAGAGGACUGCUGAUGUCAUGGUUGUUUUUUGGGUCAUGCAUCUUGCUCAUGCUAUUGCGACUGUGAGUGGAGGUGUUUUUCGAGGAGUUGGAAAACAAAAGGUCGGUGCUGUGUCCAACCUGGUUGGACACUACUUCAUUGGCUUUCCAAUAGGUGUGUCUUUAUUGUUUAAGACACAAUUGGGCGUUGUAGGACUUUGGACUGGUCUUACGAUCUGUGUGGUACUGCAGGCCAUUUCCUUCGUGACAUAUUUGUGCCGUCUUGAUUGGAGAAAGGCUGCCGAUGAUGCUCAAAGGAAAGCAGGUGUUCGGGACAAUGUUGAAGACACUGUGGAAAUGGUAGACUGCGAGCCAGUGGUUCCUGCUCCUUCACCCAGAUGUGAGAGUACUGGUCAGGCUCAAAGGAGAGCAGGUGUUCAGGACAAGGUUGAAGCCACUGUGGAAAUGGUAGACUGCGAGCCAGUGGUUCCUGCUCCUUCACCCAGAUGUGAGAGUACUGGUCAGGCUCAAAGGAGAGCAGGUGUUCAGGACAAGGUUGAAGCCACUGUGGAAAUGCCCAAGCCACAGCCCAAGCCCCAGCCCAAGCCCCAGCCCAAGCCCCAGCCCCAGCCCAAGCCCCAGCCCAAGCCCCAGCCCCAGCCCAAGCCCCAGCCCAAGCCCCAGCCCAAGCCCCAGCCCAAGCCCAAGCCCCAGCCCAAGCCCCAGCCCAAGCCCCAGCCCAAGCCCCAGCCCAAGCCCCAGCCCCAGCCCCAGCCCAAGCCCCAGCCCAAGCCACAGCCCAAUGCUUCCAUUUUUACAACCGUAGAAGAGAACCGCAAAUAUGCGAAGGUCACCUUUACAGACUUCCACGAUCACCAAAACGGGAUCACCUAA